AUGAUUGGCCAAAAGGAGCGUCCAUCUGCCGUCAUCCAUUUGAAGCACACGAUCCAGAUCCUCAACGAGCGGUUUCGAGAUUUUUCGCAGGAGGGAACCGGUGAUUCUACUAUUGCUGCCGUGGCGUUGUUGGCUUUGACUGAGCAAUCAAGCGAGAACCAUGAGAAUUGGCGGACUCAUAUGAGAGGUAUAAAGCGGAUGGUGGAGCUACGAGGCGGUUUGUCGGGAUUUGAGGGGAAUCCUAUAUUGGAUGAUAUUCUUUACCGAGCCGAUAUCUGGGGUUCCGUAUACGGCCUUUCGAAACCUUACCUGCAGGUGGAUGGUACGACUCUCCUUAAAAGUCCCCUUAAAACAGACACAACUCUUCCACCAGGUUUCAAAGCCCUCCACAACCAAAAUUCCUUCUCCCCCGCCUUCCUCGAGAUUCUCAACACCCUACAAACAAUAACGCACAACCUAAACCGCCCCAACCCACCAAAAUCAGAACUCAUCCCCCUACAACUCCGCCAUCGCAUCCAAUCCAUCCAAUACUCGCUCCUGCACACUUACCGCUGCAUCUCAAACCCACUCCUCAAAGCCUGCUAUCUCGGCAUCCUGCUCUACGUCGGUAUCAUCCAGAAUGAGUUCUGGAUCCCGUCGAUCAGCGACCAGAUUUUGGGGCAGUUGAAGGCUUGUUUGAGCUUCGUUAGUGGUGCGUUGCGGCUUUGGUUGUUGUUUUUGGCGGGGUUGGUAGGAGGGGAGAGGGUGUGGGUUGUUUGUGAGGUUGUGACGAUGGCUGAGGAGAUGGGUAUGGAGGGGUGGGGUGAUGUGAGAGCAGUCUUGGAGGGUUUUGGUUGGGUGGGGUAUAUAAUGGAUGAAGACGGGAGGAAGUUGUGGGAUGAUGUUGUGAGGAUAAGGAGUGCGUUGUUGUGAUGUUGGAGUUAGAUGAGAUGGACAGGUUGAGAGAACAGGGAGGGCAGAUUAUUAGAUGGCUUUCAGAUGUUCUUGGGAAAGCACACUCGGAUCAAGUUGCGAUUUCGCUUAGCCAGCUUGAACCCCCUUUUCACUCUGAAAUCUUGCUCAGGACGGGACAACAAAGAUUAUCAAGAAAGCAAGAAAUUUAGAGAGAUGACAGAUACAUAGUGUGUAUGCUUUAAAGAGCGUGAUUCAUGCCUGCUAUCCAAUAUGUGCGUAUUUCGAUACAUGAAGCUGUGGUCAUAUGACCCAU